GCCACGCAGAUUCUCAUCUGCAGAAAAACACAGAAACCAGUAUUCCUGCUCACUAUGAAGUUGCUCCUGGCUGCAGUGUUGCUGGUGCCGGCCCUCUAUGUGAGCGCCCAGACUCCCCUCACCACCACCAAGCCCAGCUCCUGGGAAGCAGCCGUGGCGUCCUGGUCCAAGCCCCUGCCCUGUGGAGGCUGGGACUGCCCCUGUGCUUUCUCAAAGAAGCGGGGAUGCUGCUGCGUGGCCAACUGGAUUACGAGAUUCGAGGAUCACCUCUUUGAGAGGAUUGGCGGACUCUGGAGCGACCUGAGCAUACUGACUGGGGAUGUGAACGGGAUCACAGCUGGACUCAACAUUGCUUUCUCGGCGGUUCUGGGGAAAUUAUCGUCGUGCUACGGGCCGUUCACAAGCAACACACCCAUCAAGUAUCAAACCAUCCUGCUGAACAGUGGCAUCGGAUACAACCCCACCCUGGGUGCAUUCACUGCCCCCCGAGCUGGCCUCUACUCGUUCUCCUUCACUGCUUUCUCUAACGAGGGGGGUGUGGGCCGGCGGAUGUAUCACCAGGUCAGUCUGAUGCACAACGAUGACAUCGUGGCGUCGGUGUGGGAGGAUAACCGCGAGGACUACGAGGACAGCGGCUCCCAGACCGUGCUGCUGCCCCUCAGCGCCGGGGACCAGGUGUACGUGAGGCUGCUGUCCGGGAGGCAGCUGUGCGGAGACAUCUACCUGCAGAACUCCUUCUCAGGGUACCUGAUCUACCCCAGCACUGGGUAGCCGUGACCUCGGGCUGCACUCCUCCCCUCUCAGUGCUCCAACUCACCCCUCCGAAUAAUUAGACAUCUACCUGGGGAACUCCUUCUCACUGUCCCUUCUCUACCCCUGACCCAGGACUGCACCCCUCCCCUCCCUACACGCCACCCAACCUGGGGAAGUCCUUGUAUGUUCUGGCUAGUACUGCGUACGCCCCCUGCCCUCUGCGCCUGGGUUCAUUGUGUUUAGCUGGCAGACUGCAGGGCGAUGUUGUUUGUGCUUCAAGGCGUCUACACUCUGCAGUGUUGAUUCUGUCACAGUGUUGAUAAUGUAAUCUAUAUGGACUCAACUCAAUUAAAGAGCUGGCUGUUACACCCUCUGUGUGUGUGUGUGUGUGUGUGUGUGUGAGAGAGAGAGAAAGGGAGAGAGGGAGAGAAAGAGAGAGAGGGAGUGUCUUUGUGUGUGUGUGAGAGAGAGAGAGUGUCUGUGUGUGUAUGUGUUUGUGUGAGUGAGAGAGAGAGAGAGAGUGUGUGUGUGCGUGAGUGCGUGCGUGAGUGCGUGCGGGCGUGCGUGCGUGCGUGUGUGUGUGUGUUUCUCUCUGCAGUGUGAGCUGGUCUCAGAUUCACACUGAAACGCUGCU